GCGCCGUAUGGCUGCAGCGCCGUUCGCCCGCGCGCCCGGCGGCUCCUCCUCCUUCUCCUCCUUUCCCGGCCCCGUCCCGGCCCCGUCCCGGCCCCUUCCCGGCCCGUCCCGCCCGGGCCGCGGGAGGGAGACCACCGCCAGCAAAUUACUGUGCCGCCGCGCCCCGGCCGCCGGGCUCGGCGCGUGUUUUGGUUGGGCUUCUUCCCCCACCCCCUCCCUCCCCUGAUCCUCCUCCCGCUUUUUUUUUUUUUUUUUCAGUUAACGUUUAAAUACUUUUUUUUUUUUCGCCUCCUUUUCGCGUGGCGGUGGGUUCUCCUCUCUUCUGCUCCGUUCACCUGCGAUCAGCGGAUGCAAGUCACACACGCUCUCUCCCCUCCCUCCCUCUCUCUCUCCAAGUUAGCAGCAAAGAACAAAAAAAAAAUAGCUCCGUUAAGGAUAAGAGAGGGAGCGGAGGGGUGUGCGCGCGUCUGCCGGGGAGCGCCGGCGAGCGGAGGACACCGCCGACGGCUCCGCACACUCCUCCCGCCGCGCCAAGUGAAGGAGCAAGUUUGCCGUGCACCUGUUUGAGCAGCUCGAACUCCCGUCGCCGCCGAGCCCCGAAAGUGGUUUGCAAAAGGGAGAAAGUUUUUCGCCGGUGGGGUCGCCGAUCGCCCUCCUCGCGGUUUUCUUUUCCUCUUUUUUUUUUUUUUCCUUUCUUUUUUUUUUUUUUUUCCACGGCGGUAGCUACCUAGAUACGAACGGGUUUCACCUCGCUCGCUCCCCGUCCGCCCGGGCUCCUCUAUGUUUGAUUCAUUUUUCACGUCUGGCGCCGGUGGAAAAUAAAAAAGCUACUUGAAUGUACAGCAUGAUGAUGGAGACGGACUUGCACUCCCCCGGCGGAGCCCAGGCCCCCACGAACCUCUCGGGGCAGACCGGAGCGGGAGGCGGCGGAGGAGGCGGUGGCGGCGGCGGCGGGGGGAACAAAGCGAACCAGGACCGGGUCAAGAGACCCAUGAACGCCUUCAUGGUGUGGUCGCGGGGCCAGCGGCGGAAGAUGGCCCAGGAGAACCCGAAAAUGCACAACUCGGAGAUCAGCAAGCGCUUGGGGGCCGAGUGGAAAGUCAUGUCGGAGGCCGAGAAGAGACCGUUCAUCGACGAGGCGAAGCGGUUGCGGGCGCUGCACAUGAAGGAGCACCCGGAUUAUAAAUACCGGCCCCGGCGGAAGACCAAGACCCUGCUCAAGAAGGACAAGUACUCGCUGGCCGGGGGGCUACUGAGCGCCGGCUCGGCCGCGGGAGGCCCGGCCGGUGUCGGCGUGGGCAUGGGCGUCGGCGUCAGCCCGGGCGGUGUUGGGCAGCGGCUGGAGAGCCCCGGCGGCACGGCCAGCGGCGGCUACGCGCACAUGAACGGCUGGGCGAACGGCGCCUACCCGGGCUCGGUGGCGGCGGCGGCGGCGGCGGCGGCGAUGAUGCAGGAGGCGCAGCUCGCCUACAGCCAGCACCCGGGCAGCGGGGGGCACCCGCACCACCCGCACCCCCAUCACCCGCACCACCCGCACAACCCGCAGCCCAUGCACCGCUACGACAUGGGCGCCCUGCAGUACAGCCCCAUCUCCAACUCGCAGGGCUACAUGAGCGCCUCGCCCUCGGGCUACGGCGCCCUGCCCUACGGCUCCCAGCCCCACCAGAACUCGGCGGCGGCAGCGGCGGCGGCGGCGGCGGCGGCGGCCGCCUCCUCGGGGGCGCUGGGCGCCCUGGGCUCGCUGGUAAAGUCGGAGCCCAGCGUGAGCCCGCCCGUCACUUCGCACUCGCGGGCCCCGUGCCCCGGGGACCUGCGGGAGAUGAUCAGCAUGUACUUACCGGCCGGGGAAGGCGGCGAUCCGGCGGCAGCUGCCGCCCAGAGCCGGCUCCACUCCCUGCCCCAGCACUACCAGAGCGCCAGCACGGGGGUGAACGGCACCGUCCCCUUGACGCAUAUCUGAACCCCCGCCGGCACCGGAGCGGCGGAGGCAGGCUCGGGUGCGAGCACCGGCUCGGCUCUCGGGCCCCGGCCGCGGCCCCGGGCCGUUCCGCUGGACUGCGCGCCCCGCCGCUGCCACCGCACGCUCAGCCCCGGCCGCCCUCCCGCGUCCCGGCCCCGCGCCUCUCCUGCCCCGCUCCCAGGUUCCCCCUCUUAUUUUUGCCUCUCGCGCCCCUUCCCUCCCGCCCUUCCCCGCCUCUCUCUCUUUUUUUUUUUUCUUUCUUCCUUCCUUUUUGUACAGAAAUGUUUUGAUGUUCUUGUAAUAAUAAUAAUAAAUAAUAAUAAUAAUGACGAGAGAGAAAAAAGGUAACGGUUGCUUUACUUACCUUUUUUUUUUAGAAGGACUAGUUUAUAAAACUAGUUUUAAACUGAACUUCCGUGUUUUAUCGAGACUUUUUGUACAGUAUUUAUCAUUCACCCAAGAGGCAUAGUGCGUUUAUUUGCAAAAGAAGAGAAAGAGAAAAUAAGGGAGGAAAAAAGGAGAAAGGGGGGGAAACGAUGGUGAAAAGACAAAAAAAUACCAACAAAAAGUUGUAGGCGAUGCCAACUUUUAUACCGCGUGGAACUGCUACGAUUUCAGUCACGGAUCGCUUCUUGCGAAGGCUUUUUAUUGACUAAUUAACUCGAAGUUGAUGAGGAAACAGUUCUCAUUUAUUACUCAUGUACUAAAGCAAAUCCAAAAGAACAACUAAAAAGUUUUUUGUAGAUAUUCUCGCGGUUUUGUUGGGUUGGGGGUUUUUUGUUACUUGUUUGUUUAUUUAUAAAACUUUUGUUUUUCUUUUAGAAACUACAUUUUUUUUCCUGAGGUUUGUAAAAUUUUAUUGUAUCUGGAUAUUUUUGUUUGUUUGUUUUCUCUUCGGUUUUGUUUUCUUUUUGUAUCAUUUCUUGUAAAUGCAUUGUGAAAUAAUUUUUAGUUAGGCAUUAUGAAGGAAUUCAGAUUUUGUACAUAGUUUACUAAAAAGCUUUUCUGCUAAACAGAAAUCCGAAGGAUGCGUCCUUCUUUUUUUUUUUUUUUUUUGAGUUAAAUAAAUUUCAAAGCGGAAAAAGUCACCUGGUUUUUAAAAACAAACAAACAAACAAACAAAAAUUUCCUGGAGAACUUAGUAGUGUUUGCCAUGGUAAACCUAGAAAUACAGCGGGUAAACCUAAAUUUUGGGAAGGAAGUUUUAAACAGCAGCGGCAAGCAGAAUGAUGUGCAAUCUGCAGUAAAUAUCGAUGUUCUCUAACCUGUGCAAACCGGGAGGGAUGAAGGUAGAUUUAUUUUAAUACUCGUUCCCUACUGCAAGGGAAAGCCUCUUACUGCGUUACUCUUCUAGCCAUGAACAUUUAUUUUGUAGACUUUAUGGCUGGGCUGGUGGUCUAAACCUUGCUGGGGCAGUAACUUUCCCCCUGGGGGUAAUCGGGUGCUGCUCACCCCUGCUCGCCUUGGGUCCCCGCUCGGCCGGGAGUUCCCGCCGGCCCAGGGGGGGCACCUACCUCCCUGGGAAUCGAGAAGGCACCGGUCAGCGCGGCACUUCCCCUCUAAUUAACACCUUGAAAAGAGAAAGAGCUUAGUUUUGCUCAUCUCGAAAAGAAAAGCGACCUCUAAACCUCAAGCCCGAAAAGCAGCCCCGUCCCUCCGGAGCAUCCCGGGGGGCGAGCGGGAAACGGAGGGGUCACACGUUUCUGUCCCCUCCGACGUCCCCCCCCCCCCCCCCCUCAAUUUUCAGCGACUGGUGCUAAAGCUGUCGAG